GAUAUGUGACGUCAGACCUAAACAAAAAACAAGAUGGCGAUGUUCGAGAAGCAUUUUGUCGUACUCUUGUCAUGGGAAAAUAAAUGAACAUUUUGUUUUACAGAUAUUCUGAAAAAAGGAGACUGGCAUCAAAGGUAUUGUCUCCUAGCCGUCAUCUCAAGUUGCCAUCAUGAUCCUAUCUCGCCUUAAGCCCGCCGUGGGGGGAGAGACGGCCACCAGCGUUAGCGAGAAGAAGAAGAAAAACAAAAGCAAGAUUCCCACUUUGGAAGAAUAUCUGCAGCAAAGAGACUACCUUGGAGCACUAACUCUUUUGGAGUUCCAGAGAAGUAUUGGAGAACAAGAGGAGAAUGCAGACCUUUGGAUUUGCUUCUGCGCCUUUCACUUGGGGGAUUACAAAAGAGCUAUGGAGGAGUACAAGGCACUGACUGCAAAGCCUGACUGUCCUCCAGAUGUUUGGGUCUAUCUGGGUUGUGCCAUGUUUUUUCUGGGCCUCUAUAAAGAGGCUGAGGAGGCUGCAUUGAAAGCUCCCAAGUCCCUCCUCCAAAACCGACUCCUCUUCCAUUUGGCCAAUAAGUUCAACGAUGAGAAGAAGCUAAUGGACUUCCACCAGAACCUGGAAGAUGUGACGGAGGACCAGCUGAGCUUGGCCUCCAUUCACUACAUGCGCUCGCACUACCAGGAGGCCAUUGAAAUCUACAAACAUCUCCUCAGGCAUAACAUAAGCUUCCUAGCGAUGAAGGUGUACGUGGCUCUCUGUUACUACAAGCUUGGCUACUAUGACGUGUCGCAGGAGGUUCUGACGGCGUACCUUCAGAACAUCCCCGACUCAACCAUCGCCCUCAACCUCAAAGCCUGCAACCACUUCAAUCUCUACAACGGCAAAGCAGCCGAGGCCGAGCUGAAGAACCUUAUCAACAUCUCCUCCUGCUCCUUUGAGUUUGCCAAGGAGCUUAUCAGACACAAUCUGGUGGUGUUCCGCGGUGGCGAGGGGGCGUUGCAGGUGCUGCCCCCGCUGAUCGACGUCAUCCCCGAAGCUAGACUCAAUCUUGUCAUUUACUACCUCAGACAAGAUGAUGUCCAAGAAGCUUACAAUCUCAUACAAGACUUAGUGCCUGCGACACCUCAGGAGUAUGUUUUAAAAGGGGUGGUCAACGCUGCGUUGGGACAACAGCUUGGAACGCGGGAUCACUUAAAAGUGGCCCAGCAGUUCUUCCAGUUGGUCGGAGGCUCGGCCAGCGAGUGCGAUACUAUUCCCGGCAGACAGUGCAUGGCUUCCUGCUUCUUCCUCUUGAGGAAGUUUGAUGAUGUGCUCACAUACCUCAACUCAGUCAAGACUUACUUCUAUAACGACGACACGUUUAACUUCAACUAUGCUCAGGCCAAGGCAGCCACUGGGAAUUUCAAAGAAGCGGAAGAGAUAUUCCUUCUAAUUCAAAGUGAGAAGAUCAAAAGUGACUAUGUAUACCUCAGCUGGCUGGCCCGCUGUUACAUCAUGAACCAGAAGGGUCGUCUCGCCUGGGAGCUUUACUUGAAGAUGGGAACUUCCUCGGAUUCCUUCAGUCUGCUUCAGCUCAUCGCCAAUGACAGCUACAAGAUGGGCCAGUUCUACUAUGCAGCCAAAGCAUUUGAUGCACUGGAGAAAUUGGACCCAGGCUCCAACUACUGGGAGGGCAAAAGAGGGGCAUGUGUUGGCAUCUUUCAGCUCAUUUUAGCCAACAAAGAGUCCAAGGAGACACUUAAGGAGGUGGUGCUCCUGCUGCACAAUUCCGGAAACCCGCAGGUGGAAUACAUCAUCCGAGCCAUGAGGAAGUGGGCCAAAGACAACAGAGUCUUCCUCUCAUGACCGAUUCCUAAUUUGUGUGUGAACACCACGCACAUCAAUGAAUACAUGUACUUG